GCUGACGGAGAUGUGACGUGAUGCGUCAUGACGUAACCGUCGCCGUCGUUUCGUAAUCGUCAUCGCGCAGGCCCAUCAUCGGAAAUGAUGAUGAACGAGAUGCAUCUUCUUCCCGCAUAUUUUGCAGUUAUGUCGGAGGAUCCUCAUCAAGAGAUGCUCGAUCAGAUCAAUAAAGCGCAGAUGGAACUGAAAAUCAGGCUCGAACAGGUGUCGAAGCUCAGGAUUGAUUGCGCGAGAAUGCAACUGGAAUUAUUAAAGCUUUACAAGCCGCAAUGUUUGGAGAUACUGGAAUCGUUGCGGAUCGUUUCCGAGCCCGCGGGUCCCCCCGGCAAUGAUGAUGAUGACGAAGACGUCAUCGGGUCGCGCAUUGAUAACGAGAAGGUAUUUAUGUUGAAAUAUAUUUAUUACAUUUUGAAUAUAGGACUGACACAUCGACCGUGUAUCCGUAACGCCGUUUAUAACGUAAACGCUUGAUAUAAUAGACAGUAAAUAGAUAUAGACUCAUUGGAAGCUGCGUCGAGUAUCUCUCUCGUUUCUCUCUCUCUCUCUCUCCCUCUCUCUCCCCAUCCCUCGCACAUUUUCCAUCCUUCUCUUUCAUCUCGGCGCGUAUAUUAGAGCGUGCGAAAACUUAUUAUAUAAAUAAAUGGACGCUAAUCUUAUCCUCGCUGAAAUUUUUCGACGCGAGUAUUUUUUUUUUAUUUUUUAUUUUUAUUUUUAUUACACAUAUAUACGGAAGUUAGAGGAAAUAGACGCGCUCGCGGCGACAUGUUUUUUUAUUUUUUCGUUUUCUUGCUCUUUAGAUACUUAACGUUGAUUUACAUAUAUGCUUGUAUUUCCAUUCGAUUUCACGCCCGAUUUCAUUUGCGAGGCGCUCGUCCAGAAAUGUCGUUUGAACAUAUAUACGCAAAAUGUUCGGUGUCGUCGUGAUUGUGAUCUGUGUUG